CAGGCUGCGGGGUAGAUGUGGGGGUCGGCUAGGAGCGGGACUCCUGGGUCCUAUCCCGGCUGCAGGAGAUGCUACGUGGCUGCUGGGGGGCAGGAUGGGGAGGUGCAGAAGGCUCAGCGAGCAGCCAAGGCCAGUGAGGAGCCAGGCCAGCGGCCCCCAACCAUCUUCAGCAAGAUCAUUGACCGCACCAUGCGGGCCGACAUCCUCUACGAAGAUGACAAGUGCCUUGCCUUCCGGGACGUGGCCCCGCAGGCCCCCGUGCAUUUCCUGGUGAUCCCCAAGCGCCCCAUCCCCAGGCUGAGCUGCGUGGCCGUGGGGGACGCAGAGCUGCUGGGGCACCUGCUGCUAGUGGCCAGUCAGACGGCAAAGGUGGAAGGGCUGGUGGAUGGCUACCGAGUGGUGAUCAACGAUGGGAAGCAGGGGGCUCAGUCCGUCUACCAUCUGCACUUGCACGUGCUGGGCGGGCGUCAGAUGGGCUGGCCCCCGGGCUGAGCUGCAGCUGGAGAAACGGGAGCAGCGGACGCAGCGCCAGCCCCACUGGGCAAACCCGUUCCUCAAUUAAAGUGCUGUCAGAGGG